CAGCAGUCUGCUCCAAAGUGGGAAUUUGAUGAAGAAAUAGGACCUUAGGGAAUGAUAUCAGGAAGACACUAAAGAGGUGAUCCCAUGGCAUAUAAGUUUGGGGAUCCUUGUGCACGUGAAGGCAGAUUAAAAAGAAAGCAAGAAGAUCCAUCUGGGCAGAAACUGAGGAAAUUCCUUUCUCAGGAUGGAGAUUUCACAGAAAUGACCUUUGUCCACAGGAAAAACUCCUUGGUAGAGAGAACCAAGGAAUGUAAUGAAUUUGGUAGAAACUUAAAUCCGAACUCAAACUUCAUAACACAUCGUAAAAAACCUAUAGAAGACAAAGUCCAUAAGUGUGACACUUGUGGCAAAAAUUUCAAAUAUAAUUCAGACUUAAUCGUACAUAAGAGAAUUCAUACUGGGGAGAAACCUUAUGAAUGUGAUAAAUGUGGGAAAACAUUUAGCCACAGCUCACACCUUAGUAGACAUAAUCAAAUUCAUACUGGUGAGGGAGCCCAUAAGUGUGAUACAUGUGAAAGAAAUUUUAAAUACAAUUCAGACUUAAUUAUCCAUAAGAGAAUUCAUACAGGGGAGAAACCCUAUAAAUGUGAUGAAUGUGGGAAAACCUUUCGCCAGAGCUCACACCUUAAUAGACAUCAUAGAAUUCAUACUGGAGAGAAACCUUAUGAGUGUGAUGAAUGUGGAGAAGCUUUUGGACUCAAAUCAUACCUUUUUUUACAUGAGAGAAUUCACACCGGAGAGAAACCUUAUAAAUGUAAUGAAUGUGGAAAGACAUUUAGCCAAAGCUCAACCCUUAUUCAGCAUCAACAAAUUCAUACUGGAGAGAAGCCCUAUCAGUGUAAGGAAUGUGGAAAAGCUUUUGGAUUUAAAUCACAUCUUAUUUUGCAUCAAAGAAUUCACACUGGAGAGAAACCUUAUAAAUGCAGUGAAUGUGGGAGAGCUUUUAGUCGGGCCUCAACACUUAUUCAACAUCAAAUAAUCCAUACAGGAGAGAAACCUUAUAAAUGUAAUGAAUGUGGGAAAGCCUUCAGUCAAAGCUCACCAUUAACUCAACAUCAAAAAAUUCAUGCUGGAGAGAAACUCCAUGAAUUUUUUCAAUAUGACAAAGCCUUUAGUCUAAAUUCAAGCCUUUUUCAACAUCAGUGAAUUCACACUGGAGAAAAAAAAACAUGAAUAUAACAAAUGUGAAAAAAUUUUAAUCAGAGCUCUAGACCUUUUCUACAUCAGAGAAUUUACACUGGAGAUAAACCAUACAAAUGUGCUGAAGUUGGCAAAGCUUCUGCUUUCAACUCUUACCUUACUCAACAUCAGAAAUUCAUACCUGAUAAACAACUUAAAGCAUUGUAAAUGGGGAAAAUCCUUUAACUGGAGCUCAACCUUUACUUAACAACAAUAAAUUCACAUGAGAGAGAAAUCUCAGUAUGAUUAAUGUAGUUAAGCCUUUAAUCAGAGCUUGCAAUUUAGCCUACAUUAAAGAAUUUAUAUUGGAGAGAAAACUCAUCAGUGUAAUGCAUGUGGGGAAAUCUUGUAAUCAGUCAUUCAAAAAGUUUUAUUAAUUGCCUCCUAUGUUCCAGGCACCUUGCUGGGUGCUGACAGUACAAAUAGAAAAGUGAGACAGUCUUUACCUUCCAGGGAUCUUCAUACAGCAUCAUAAAAUUUACACUGGAAAGAAUCCUCUUGAGUGCAAUAGAUGUGAGAAUGCCUUUGUUCAAAGCUCAAGCCUUAUUAUAUGCCAGCAAGUUCGUAAUGGAGAGAAAUCUUGUGUAUAGUGAAUAUGGAAAAGCUUUUAGUUAUAAUUCAAAAUUCUCCAUUAGAGAAUUUACACUGGAGAGAAACUCUAUGAAUGUAGGAAAGCCUCAAGCUUCUUCCUCACCUUACUGAAGAUCAUAAAAUUCAUACUGGGGAAAAACCUUAUAAAUGUAAUAAGUUUUCAGAAAGCCUUCAGUUGGGUUUCAGAUAAACAUGUUGGAGAAAAGUUCUAUCACUGUAAAGAAUGUAAAAAAGCCUUUAGUCAAAACUCACAAUUUAUAUUCCAUCAGAAAAUUCGUACUGGUGAUAAUUCCCAUAAAUGUAACCUGGAAAGUAUUUCAUUUGGAUAUUGUUUUAUUUGGCAACAUGAAAUUUAUAUUGAAUGAAAUCAAAAAGCAUUUAUGUACUUAUUAUGUGGCCAGCUACUGUGUUAAGAUGAUACAAAAACAAAGACAGUCCUGUCCUCAAGGAACUUACAUUCUGAAAGGGGAGGACAAUACAGAUUGGGGAGC